UCUUCCCAGAAGGGGGUGCAGAGGAGCUGGGUUGGGCAGGACCAGAAUUAGAAGCUCAGAGGUUCGCAGAGAUGCCCUCUCCUGGGCUCAGCUCCAGGCACAUGCUCAGUAGGGGAGGGACUUUCUAAGAACAGGGUGGGGUUGCACACAGGUGGGGCUUCCACUGUGACACACCAGGAGGCAUGGCAGCGGGUUGGUUGGGAGGGAGUCUAAAGGGUCAGGGUUGGUAAGGUGAUCACCAAACAGGAGAAGACUUGGAGGCAAACGGAUCCCUGGUCCAUGCCCCUCCACCUCCUCCUGAGCAUCCCACACAUGCUGUGUGUGCCUAUCCUACAGACCAGUCACCACCUACCUAUCGUUGCCAAAAUCUGUUCCUUGUAAGUGGUGCCAGGUGAGAAUAGCAAGGACAAGGUUUGGGGAUAAAGAGAACAGAUCUAAUCUACUGGUAGAUGAGGAUGGCGGCAGACUGGGAGUCUCAAAAAUUGCUGUCCUACUUGGUGAGGGCAGUUUAGAGCUUUUCAGGAGAGCAAAGGGAGGUCGGGCUGCCGAGGACAUGCCCAGUGGCAAGUCAGGAGUAGACAGCCCGGGGCUGAAGCCAUUGUGGGCCUGAUCCCAGGGUGUCUCAGACGCCAGUGCAGUUCCUGGAGAGUCCUUGGGAGGGUUAGGGUUAGGGUGUUCUGCACAAUUAGGCAGCGACAAAAAUGUUAUCUGGCCGAGAUCUGAAAGAGGCGAACUAUUGUGUUAGAUUCCAGAGCUUCGGUAAUCAGGAUGAAGCCCACCCAGCCUGGAGCCCAUGCUUAUUGUGUGUUUAGUUAGUGGUACCUCUUCACGUUCUGUCCCCAGAGCUUCAUGCCCUGGCCAUGCUGACUUCAGUAACUUCCUGUCCUACCACCUUCCCCUGAAACACUGGACUCCAGCCAAUUACAUUUUAUCCAUGAGAAUCAGAUGUUAUGGGCUUAUUGCAGUUUUCCUGGGUUAAUUGAGUCUGUACAACCAGAUAUUGAUCCAUGUUGUUUUCUAUAUUAGUGGUUUGAUCCUCUCCAUGGGUGAGUAGAAUUCCUUUUUCUUGGCGAUAUCACAGUUGGCUUAUCCAAUACCUUGGAAAGCAACAUGGGAAUUUCCCACUGAUCCUUACCCUUAAAACAAAAACCCAGAAACUAGCACUUCUGUGAGGUUUCCCAGUAUAUCCUUGCAUUUUGCAACUCCACAAGGGAUUAACUGAAGAAAAAUCCGACUGGGAUUGUACCUGUAACCCUUCCAGCACAUACAAUUUCAGUCGCUUUUUGAACUUGUGUUCAAAAGCUCACUGACAUGAGACAUUUCUGUUUUGCUAAUUACCACCACCAUUUUCUUAUGAAAAUGUGCAAAAAUGUAGCAUUGCUGGAUGAAUAUUUUAUCAAGUGUGGUUUCUCACACAUCCAUCCACCAUCCGUCCAUCCCUCUAUCUGUCGGUCUGUCUACUUUCAGCACCUUUCAUAUUGAAUUGCAGGCUUCACUCUACUUCCUCAGUAGAGUAGUUCAGCAUGACUGUCUGGAAGUGCAAUCCAACAUUUCUCGACAGGUUUUUCUUUUCCAAAAAAGUUACAUGGAGGAAAACAUAUAAAUUUUAAAUGUACAUUCACUAACUCUUAAAACUAUACAUACAUAGCCCAACUCCUCUCAAUAUCUACAACAUGACUGUCACCCCAGUAAGUACCCCCAGUUUUUCCCAGUCAGUCCCUGCCCUCUAAUUAAUUUGGCUCGGUCUAGAAUUUUCUAAGAACAGAUGCAUGCAUGCUGAAUUCACACUUUUGUCUGCCUUAGUUUGCACGCACCAUGUGUCUGAAAUUACUCAAAAGUCCCACGAAUCAGGAAUUAAUUUUCUUCCACUCCUGACUGAGCAUAACCUGCAUUACCAUCUCUGUCUAAUUCACCAUCUGGAAGGAAAUGUUUUGUUUUUCCAAACCUGUACAUUUAUCCCAAAAUUCAGCACCUGCUCUGCAUGAUGCACAGAAAAACAGAGAAAAUGGUGGGAGGUGAAGGAAGCUUUCAGGCCAGGUGGAGAGCAGUCCAUGCCCAUCUCACUGUGUGAACUGGGACACGUUUGGUUUGGAUUUCUUUUACUUAUAGACUAAGAAGAAAAGCAUUUGAGCCAUUUGAUGUGAACAGUUUUCCCCCUCCUUUGCUUUGCCCUCUUCAUUCACUCUUCUGCCCCAUUAUCUCCUAAGCAGAAAUGGCGUGGGUGCCAUGAGGCAUUCAUGCCUCCAGGGUCGCUUUGUUCCUCAUUUCUAUAUAGGUUUGACCUAGCCCCUGGCCCUAGACUGGCCCAGCCACUCUCCCUUUGAACACAGGGGCAGCUGUGGCCCAGGUCUGGUUGACCUUUCAUGUUUUCAGCUUGUCACCCAUGCUUCUGUGGGAAUCCCGCUACAUGGUUUGUUCCUCUCCCUCGUGCAGACACCAGGAAAGGAAAAACCUGCAGAGAACAUGAAUAGUGUUACGUCCACAAAUACCUCAGGCUUGUCAGAGGAGGUCAAACCUGUAUGAUUGCGAUGAAGAAGUUUGUUCUUGAGAAUUAAGACAUUACCCAGUGUGUUUUGCACUGGUUAAAAUUUCCGUUGAUGAAUCCUUGCUCAGGGAAACGAUACUGAAGUCUGAAGACAAAGAGGUAAGGAGAACAUUCUCAGGUGAAGAUCGAGGGGGAGGAGCUAACAAAACCUUACUCCCAUAAAUGACAUGAAUUGGAGAACUGAACAUCAUCACUUUCUUUUAAAAAAAUUAAUUUGGGUAAAAAAACACACAGCGUGAAAUUAACCAUCUCAACCCCCGCUAAGUGUACAAUUCAGUAGCAUUAGUGCAUUUGCACCAUUGUGAUGUCUUAUUCUGAAUGUCUUUUAUCUGUCUCAGGACGCAAAGGAAGACCCUGGGGCAGCAGAGCUUGAGGUCCAACGUGCAUGAGCUGGAAGGUCUGCUGCUUGCUGGGAGGAAAGGAGCGUGCCCUGGGAAGAAUGUGACAAGAACCUACGAUCCAGCUGUGACACACUGGCCUUUGUGAAAACAGCAAAGGAUUGGGAAUUCGAAUCUCUGAGGAUGCAGCUGGAUGAUCGCUAUGGAAUCUAUAAAGGCAUCGAGAAGGCUGAAGAGGAUGCAAUGGUGGUGGGAAGACAGGAACAGACCAAUAUGGAGAAGCAGCUGUCUGCAAAAGAGGAAAAACUGAAUUCGACUACAGCAGAAAUAGAGGAAUGCAAGAGCAGAAUUCACCUGCUGCAGGAGGAGCUGCAGCAGGAGGAGUGCAGCUUUGCGUGCCAGGUCUCCACGCAGUACAGAAAGUCGCUGGACAGCUGGCACAGGGCCAGUGCGUUGGAGCAGGAGCUGGCGCACCAUGACAGGGAGGCUGAGUACCUGAGGUACAGACUGGAAAUGAAGAAGCUGGCCGAGGGGUACAAGAGGCAGGAGCCAGCCCUGGGAGGACCCGGCUGGGAGAACCAGGCCCGGAGAGAUGCAGGCGCUCUCGCAGGCCCCAGGAGACACAGUGGUCCAGUCCUGGACAAGCACGCUCAGAAUGCACAGGACCACUAUUGUGAAUGGAAAGGAACUCUCGGAUGUGGCCUGCAGGCUAUGGUUACGGUAAAUGAAGAAACGGCAUCAGGUACAUUAGCAGGGAGCUGGAUUGGAAGUGGAGCAGCCAAGAUUCAAACCAGUGCUCAUAUGAGAUUCCAGCAUCACAGCCUCCCUCUAGCCCACCUGACAGUGGAGGGGACCAAAGCACACAGGGAAGCGGACUCACCCCCAUCUCCCAGGUCCAAGAGGCUGAGAUCUGUGUGCUUGGAGCAGCCCCAAGUGCCCGCCCCUUCCUGGCUCCACCCAGCAUGGGAAGACAGUCCACUACCUCUGUGCCUGCCAAUGCUGCUGCUGCUGCUGCUGCUGCUGCCGCUGCCACCACUGGGACCUGGGCCGGGACACACAGCGGCCUCCAGGAGGUCACAUGUGCACCGGCGUGGGAUUCUGGACCUGGCAGGGACUGUGAGUUGUGUCGGCACCCGAAGCCCCAUGGCCUAUGUCGACUAUGGCUGCUUCUGUGGCCUGGGUGGCCACGGCCAACCCCGCGAUGCCGUCGACUGGUGUUGCCACCGCCAUGACUGCUGUUACGCUCGUGCCGAGGAGGCCGGCUGUAGUCCCAAGACAGAGCGCUACCCCUGGGAGUGUGUCGGUCAGCAGGUCCUGUGUGGACCCACAGAGGACAAAUGCCAGGAACUCGUGUGCAAGUGUGACCAGGAGAUUGCCCACUGCUUUGCCCAAAAUGAGUACAACUUAAAGUACCUCUUCUACCCCCAGUUCUUGUGUGAGCAGGACUCGCCCAAGUGUGACUAGCCGGACUGGACGUGUUCGCUUGCACAGGAAAUAAAGGUCCUUUUCACCAGGAACAGCAGCAUUCCGUUCUUUCCUGGAGGCGACUGGGGCCACGAGAUAAAGCGGCAGCCCUGCUGUUUGCUUUCUCUCCCCAUCCUGGAACCCCGCCCGAGCCUGGAUUCA